UGUUGUCUUGCUCUUAUCUGUCAGACGGGUUUACCACAUAGAUACACCAGGCGUUACAAUUUACAUACAAUGUUUAACGUGUUAGUGAGGUUAAGUGUGCGUUAACUUUGUAGACUAUCGCUACAAACCGGACAUAUUUUCUCUGCUGGCCUCCUGCUCGGAACGCAUUUCCGUUAAAUGUGUUUACUCCGUCGUUGUUACUAUUCAAGACAAGAAUUGUGCCGUUUUUCUCGCGUCUGCUGUGGGUACCUGGCUGCUGUCACACAUGCAGCCGCUGGCGAGGAGACUCAACUCUGUGGAUACAUUUAUGGAGCAAUGGUUAUCCACUGACCAGGUUAAAAGCGUCUUCGUUCUCGGACGUGAAUGGACAUUUGACUAUUUUGUUACCAAAACAACGCAAGAAGACGUAUUUUUGUUGUUUUUAGGAACCCGUUCCCUUUUUUCUAACCUCCGGCGGGGAUAAUAAAGAAGACAGGCGACAUGGUGGUCAACACCAUCCACUGGUUUAGGAAGGGACUGCGGCUGCACGACAACCCGUCUCUACGGGACUCUAUCCGGGAUGCGGACACCUUGCGCUGCGUUUACAUCCUGGACCCCUGGUUCGCAGGGUCCUCCAAUGUGGGCAUCAACAGAUGGAGGUUUUUGUUGCAAUGCUUAGAGGACUUGGAUGCCAGCCUGCGCAAACUCAACUCCCGCUUGUUUGUCAUCAGAGGCCAGCCUACAGAUGUCUUCCCUCGGAUGUUUAAGGAGUGGCAGAUUAACCAUUUAUCUUAUGAGUAUGACUCUGAGCCGUUUGGCAAGGAACGUGAUGCUGCCAUCCAAAAACUAGCCAGCGAGGCUGGGGUCGAGGUCACGGUGCGGACUGCACACACCCUGUACAAUCUGGACAAGAUCAUAGAACUCAAUGAUGGUCAGUCUCCUCUUACCUACAAGCGCUUCCAGGCCCUCAUUAACCGUAUGGAUGCUGUGGAGCUGCCUGCAGACAUGAUCACUUUGGAUGUUAUUAAAAAUUGGGCCACACCCAUCAGUGAAUCCCAUGAUGACAAGUUCGGGGUGCCCUCCCUGGAAGAGCUUGGUUUUAAGACAGAGGGCCUAACAACGGCAGUAUGGCCAGGUGGAGAAACAGAAGCCCUCCUCAGGCUAGAGCGGCAUCUGGAGAGAAAGGCAUGGGUGGCAAACUUUGAACGUCCACGUAUGAACGCCAACUCCCUGCUAUCCAGUCCCACAGGCCUCAGCCCCUACCUGCGCUUUGGAUGUCUCUCCUGUCGGCUCUUCUACUUCAAACUUGAUGAUCUGUACAGGAAGGUCAAGAAGAACAGCACCCCACCUCUUUCCUUGUAUGGCCAGCUGCUGUGGAGGGAGUUCUUCUAUACGAGUGCUACCAACAACCCCUGCUUUGACAAGAUGGAGGGAAACCCUGUUUGUGUAUCGAUCCCAUGGGACCGAAACCCACAGGCGCUGGCCAAGUGGGCAGAGGGACGGACAGGCUUUCCCUGGAUAGACGCCAUUAUGACCCAGCUGAGGCAGGAGGGGUGGAUCCAUCAUUUGGCGAGGCACGCUGUGGCUUGCUUCCUCACCAGGGGGGACCUCUGGGUCAGCUGGGAGGAAGGCAUGAAGGUGUUUGAAGAGUUUCUUAUAGAUGCGGACUGGAGUGUCAAUGCUGGCAGCUGGAUGUGGCUUUCUUGCAGUUCAUUUUUCCAGCAGUUUUUCCACUGCUACUGCCCUGUGGGAUUUGGACGACGCACAGACCCCAAUGGGGACUACAUACGGCGUUAUUUGCCUAUAUUGAGGGGCUUUCCAGCCAAAUACAUCUAUGAUCCUUGGAAUGCCCCAGAGGAAGUCCAGAAGGCAGCCAAGUGCAUCAUAGGAGUCCACUACCCCGGGCCCAUGGUGAACCAUGCUGAGGCCAGCCGCAUCAACAUAGAGCGGAUGAAGCAAAUUUACCAGCGGCUUUCCAGCUACAGAGGACUGGGCCUGCUGGCAACAGUACCUGCCAAUCCCAACAACGGUGCAAAUGGCAGUAAUGUCAGAGGAGUCAACACGGGGACCAGCCAAGGUCCUGGAGGGUCCACUGAAGGCAUCUUCAAAUACCCGUUAACGUCUCGAACAGAAAGAGGACACUCCACGCAGAAGCGGCGCAGUGAAGAGGUUCCAACCCAAAGCAACUGUAAAUCCUGGAGAGAGAGCAAAUAGUGUGUAAAAGACAGAAUACAAAGGGUCCCUCCGGCAGUCUGGAUCAAAUGGAUGGCACUGCAGGAUACCUCUCUUGCAGUGCUCUCAGCUGACACACAGUAACUUUAACUGACAAUCCAUAACAUGCAUGGUCUCAGGAUCAGAGACAUCACACAUCUCAGGAACAGAGGAAGGAAUUCAGAGGAAAUACUAAUAUCGAAGACAAAGAACCUUUGAACUGCAGGGUAUAAAAGACAAAAACAAUUGAUCUAUGAAAGCUUGACAUCUCAGGGUGUUGUGAGCCAAUUAUUGUCUUCCUCUACAGUAUGUCACUGUAAAACUGUUGAAACCACUAAUCGUAAUCACCUUUUGUUCCCCUCAACACCCACAUGAAUCAGGCCAGGACAUAAUUUGGGUGAAAGUUCUCGUAGAUAGUGAGCCGAACAUUUUGCUAAUGUUCGGCUUCGGUAUUUAAAAGGUCAAACUCUGGUUCUGAUCUGAGGGAUGGGAACUUAUGACACAAUCCGGAGACUGUGGAAGAUUUGUUGUGUACAGCUGACACCCUCAGCCACUGUGGCACACUGACACAAGAUGAUCUGGAUAACAUACAGUUGUAAUUUUUCUCAAAAACAAUCACCCAAAUAUUUCAUAUACUUAUAUUAAAGUCACACUGUCAGGAAUUGUUUGUUUUUUUCAAAGAUUUUUAGUACAUAAAAUUCUGAUGUGCAGUAGUAAUGAAUAUUAGAGGCAAGACUAUUAGGUUUGAUAAUAAAGCAGACCUUACAAAUGCCAUCAUACAUUAACUACAUAUUUAUUGUUUUUAUUUCCAACUUUUGUAUAUUUGGUUCUGUGGUUUCACAACUCCUGUUGUAAAUAAUGUGUUACCAAAACUCAAAAAGUUCUAAGGGCUGUACCACAAAGCGAGAUUAGUGGAUUAGCGAGGUAUUUUGAGUCUAAAGACAGGGUUUUCCUUGUCACAAAGGUGGCUCUCUUUAAAUCUGGCUAGAUCGCUGGGAUAACUUAUGAUGCACAACUAACCUGGUCCGGACCAGUUUUUGAUUGGUUCAUGUUGCUCUCACUGAAUGAAGCGUUCUCUGGUCACUUGCCCAUGCUGGUUUUAAAAGAGGCUUCUAUAAAUCAUACAAUAAUAUAUAUAAUAUAUUAUUAUUAACUAUUAACUUGCAUAUGAAAUGUGGUACAAUUCCUUCAAACCAUAACUAUACCACUUUUUAUGUUUUUAUGCUUGGUCCUGAUUUGGUGAAGUCCGUUUUACACUGCUGGUAUAUUGCAGCUAAUAGAACACCAUACAUACACAUUAGAAAGUUGAUUAGUUUAAUUUAUUUCACCUUUUAUUUUUUACAGGCAAAUCAUGAAGAACAGGUUCUUAUUUACAAUGGCGGCCUGGCAAGUGACAAAGCCACUUAGGGGAAAAGAAGUCUAUUGUUUUAUUUAUCACAGAUAAUAUUCAAUCAGUAAGUACAUUUAACUUUGACUAAAAACCAUAGGGAUUUCUAUGUCGCCAUUAUGGGACAGUGUAAGACCUAAAUGCAGUUCUUGAGUAUAAUGUUUAAAUAUGCUGCAUCGAGUUGAAAGUGUCAGAGCUGUAAAAUGAGCAGAUGUCACAUUAGAAAUAAACGGUCAGCAUUAAGAGUGCAUUGAGUGGUAAAAAUAUUUAUAUAUACACUUAUGAAUAAGUGUAUAAGAAUAAGUAUAUAAGUGAAUAAGGGUAAUUUUCUUCCAGCAUUCCUCUCCCACCUGUUCAAUAAACAUAUUCUUUGAAUGUUGUACUUUUAAGUGAUUUGCAUAAAGAAAACUUGUACUCUUGAUCGCUCAUGCAGCUUGUCCAUCUGAUAUAUACUGUACCUAUCCACAUGUAAACUACCUUUUUAUAGUUUUUUUCUCAAAUUGUAUCAAUUUCUACAAAUGGGUUUUCAGUGAGACAUUAAAGAGUUUUUUGUUACUGUGACUGAAGGUUGUUAAACAAUAAAACAUGAGAAAGUC